AUGAGACAAGACGAUAUAAGCAUUCCCAGGUCAAAGCGACGAUCGAUCCAACUCCCCAAAGAGACGGUUGAUAAGCGAGUGGCAGUCAACCCAAAAGCAGAACCACCAUCGCUUGCUAAAAUACAGAGCAGACCAGCUCCUACUAGUGCACAAAUGUAUUGUUCGAAACUGUUGCAGAUAUGGAAAUCAGUGCGAUAUAUGAACUCGGCUAAUCAGACAAACCCCCGGUUCGUAGGUUGGAUCGUACGUCGUUUUCAGCAGGCUCAUAGCAAGGCAACACUGAUGACAUACCUGCCUCCUAUUUCUUCUCCAAUAACCGAAUACUCCACCAUCAUAGAAAUGUUCCAUCAAUCUAGGCAGCUGGCGAAGCUAUCCAACAUGUCCUACACUCACAUCACCCUCGAUGCGGGAGCUGCAAUCAAGGCCUUUCAUGUGGUUUGGAACAAUCCAGCUGCGUGGUCCGACAUAAUAAUCCAUCUGGGAGAUUUUCAUGCAAUGAUGACCUUUUUUGCAGUUAUUGGACGUUUCGUGGAGAGCAGUGGAUUCGAAGAUGUGUUAUUUCAAGCUGGUCUGUGUAGCUCUGGAAGUAUUACGGGAGUGAUGAGUGGAAAGCACUACAAUCGAUGUUGGCUUGUUCACGAGGCUUUUUCUGAAGCAUUAGAAAGACUUUUUGUAGAACAAUAUCUACCGACCAUGCCAAAAAAAGUCGAGGAGUGCGCACAAAGUAACCUCGCGCAAGCAACGAGUUUAACCAACAUUCUUAACGAUGACACUGUUAAAGAAUAUGUUGAUCAAUGUCAAAUACAGAAAACCAAAUGUUUGAAUGGAGAAUUCGGUAAAACACCGCAGUUUUGGGCAAAGUAUAUGGAGCUUGUUGAUCGUCAGCAGAAAUUGCACUUUUCCGUCAAUACGAAUGAUUAUGACCUGAGAAUGCUCAUUUGGAAAGAAUCUUUGCCUUUGUGCUUUGCUACCAAUCGGGUUCAUUAUGCUCGCUAUGGCACAUAUUAUGUAAGUGGUUUAGAAUGUAUUGACAGCACUCAUCCAGGAGCAAGACAGGAGAUCGAAGAUCUUGGUUUGUCGGUGCGGAGAAAUCAACUUGGCAUAGGACAGUCAAUCGACAUGGCAGGCGAACAAAGCUACAUGAGAAAUGCAAAGACUGCAGGUACAUACUUCAUACUCAUGAAUUCAAAAAGUAAUAAUCUUAAAUAUUUCAGCCAUGCAUCUCCUGAAACAAUAUUUCCUUACAGGUGGCAACCGUCGUACAUUUAUACUUGAUAUUUAUUACCAUUCUCCGUCUUUUUAGGGGGAAUCACGCAAUUUGCUGCAAAGGAAAGUACUGUAACAAAGUGGGUCAUGAACAGGCCAUACCAAACCAAGUUUGUUGAAUCGUUACUGGAGCUAUCCGGAGUGUGCACUACAAUGUCAAAUCCACGAAAAUGUCUGCGAAGCAGUGAAAUUCUGAAGUCGAAUAAGAUGGUGGAAGGAAUCAUGGUGGUAUUGAAGACACAAUUCAUCAAUCCCUUCCAUGCUGACCUUGAUAAAGAUAAGUUGUUCAAUUUGGUUUCCGGGUAUCCAGCUCCAGAGAAC